AGAUUCUGAAGUGUAAGAUAGAUUAAAUACAAGGACCAACAGGUAUCUAACACUUAGUCUUUCUAACCCUUGUCUUUCUAAGUUCAUUUGAUUCAAGAUGAUUCUAGUUUUUGUGUCUUUUCUGUUUGGUUUCGUACAGCAGGCAGUUUACGGUGCUGAUCUCUCACACUGUCCGUCCAGAAUACGGUCUCUAAGGUAUGUCCAUGAAUAUCUCGACAGUUGUAUACUUUUUGUCCGAGACAAGCAAUCCUGGACAGAUGGUCGAGCUAAUUGUAGAAGACUUGGAGGAGAUUUGGUAAUGGUUAAGGAUGCCAGUAAGCAGGCUGUUCUUCUGAAUUAUCUACGUCUUGACCACUGGGAUACUGAUAAUAUAUGGAUAGGUGCCACUGACCAACAGAGAGAAGGGGACUGGCGCUGGGUUGAUGGUAGCAAAAUUUCUUACAGCCGAUUCGCAGCUGGACAAGGAAAUAAUCACAACUCAGGAUUUCUGUUUGCAAAUGGCGGCAAUGAAGAUUGCGCACUGAUACGACGUGAUGAUGGAGGUCACUGGCACGAUUAUCCAUGUCAGCCAAUAUUUGGAGCUUUUGGGUAUACCUAUUCGUAUGCCUGUGAAUUCCCAAAAAUUAAAAUGGCUACAACCACCAUGUCAUCAUCAACAAUGAAGACGAUGUCGUCAUUCAAAACAGUGCCAACAACUACAUGGUCUAGUGUUGAAACUCCAGCGCCAACAACAAUGCCGAAAGCUGAAACGCCAGCACCAACGACAACCAUGGCUAAUGUUGAAACGCCAGCACCAACAACAAUGCCAAAAGCUGAAACGCCAGCACCAACAACUACCAUGGCAAAUGUUGAAACGCCAGCACCAACAACUACCAUGGCAAAUGUUGAAACGCCAGCACCAACAACUACCAUGGCAAAUGUUGAAACCCCAGCGCCUACAACAAUGCCAAAAGCUGAAACGCCAGCACCAACGACUACCAUGGCUAAUAUGGAAACCCCAGCACCAACAACACAUUUACCUAAUAUUGAAACGCCAGCGCCGACAACAGCUCAACCAAACAAAGAAACUCCUGCCGCUACCCUUCCUCCACCAACGGCUAUAAUUGGUCGCAGGAGGCGCCGAUGAAAACUCUUUUUAUCUACCAGUUAUCUUUAACUAUCAAUUAUUAUGAACAAACCAAUUGAAAUGAUAAUGCCGUAGCCAUUGAUUAUAUUACGUAUGUUGAUUAUGUGUCAAAAUUGAAUAGCGCUAACACAAUGACCUCGUCAUACAUUUACAACUGUAGCAGUCAACAUAUUAAAAAAAUAAAUAAUUGUUAUAAUUGUCGAAUGCAUUAUAACCCAUUUUGUUAUCCACAAGUUAUGAAUCGAUUUACAUAUCUAAUAAUUUAUGAGGAUAUAAAUAUAUGGCAUAUGAAAAUAUCUAAUGACAUUUGAAUUUAAACAUAUUAAAGAAUUAUAAAUCUACCAAAUAAAGUCUCCAAAGUAUU